GUAUAAAGUCAAAAAGUAUCCAAAAGAUCUCUGGAAACAGUGGACUGAUUUUUAACCUUCCUGGAAUCCCUUGCUGAUGUUUCUGUGAAUUUCUGACUGUGAAAGAAGAACACAGUAGGAUGACAAGGGGGUGACCUUCAAAGAACAGCAAAACAUAGGGAUAUAUUUCACCAAGUAAAGAAUUAGUCUGGGAAUAUGCUGUUACAGAUAGGCAUUUUGCUGCUGAUCUCUAACUUUGCUCAUGGUGGGUUUUAUGCUGAAAGAUUCCAAUCCCCUACAGGAAUAAAGGGGCCACCACCCAAUUCAAAGGCACAGUUUUUCAUUCCUUACACCAUAAAGAGUAAAGGCAUACCAAUAAGAGGAGAACAAGGUCUUCCUGGACCACCUGGUCCCACAGGCCCUCGUGGGCAGCCUGGACCUUCUGGACCUCCAGGAAAGCCAGGCUACGGAAGCCCAGGGCCUCAAGGACAACCGGGUAUGCCAGGACCACCAGGACUGUCCACAGUUGGGAAACCAGGCUUGCCAGGCCUCCCAGGAAAGCCAGGUGAGAGAGGACCAUAUGGACACAAAGGAGAAGUUGGACCUGCUGGUUUACCAGGGCCAAGAGGCCCACCAGGACCUCCUGGAAUUCCCGGCCCGGCUGGGCUAUCUGUUCCAGGCAAACCAGGACCACAGGGACCAACAGGGGCUCCAGGACCAAGGGGUCUUCCUGGAGAAAAAGGUGUACCAGGUAUUCCUGGUAUGAAUGGACAGAAGGGGGAAAAUGGAUAUGGAGUUCCUGGAAGGCCAGGUGAGAGAGGCCAUCCAGGUCCACAGGGUCCCAUGGGGCCUCCAGGGCCUGCUGGAGUAGGGAAAAGGGGAGAAAAUGGAUUUCCAGGACAGCCUGGUGUUAAAGGAGACAGAGGUUUCCCAGGGGAAAUAGGCCCACCUGGUCUACCAGGUCCCCAAGGUCCUCGUGGAGAACCUGGGGCAGCAGGAAUAGGAAAGCCAGGAGUCAAUGGGGCUCCAGGAUUGCCAGGGACACCUGGAUCCAAAGGUCUUCCAGGAGCUCCAGGAAUAGCAGGUAUGCCAGGUACACCUGGGUUUGGUAAACCAGGCUUGCCAGGGAUGAAAGGGCAGAGAGGACCUGAAGGCCUUCCAGGGGCUCCAGGAAUCAAAGGGGAACAAGGGCCAGCAGGUCACCCAGGGGAACCAGGUUUGGAUGGGCCCCCAGGACGAAUGGGGCCCCCAGGGCCAAAAGGAAUACCAGGUAACCAUGGCAUCCCAGGUUCUAAAGGAGAGGCAGGACCAGUAGGCCCUGUGGGAUAUCCAGGAGCCAAGGGAGACAGAGGCCUACCUGGGUUAGAAGGAAAACCAGGCUACCCAGGAGAACCAGGUCUCAAUGGUCCAAAGGGCAACCCAGGUUUACCAGGCCCAAAAGGGGACACUGGAUUGGGCGGUUCUCCUGGUUUACCAGGUCCUGUAGGAGCAGUUGGAGCUAAGGGCAUACCAGGACACAAUGGUGAGCCAGGUCCUAGGGGAGCUCCAGGAAUACCAGGAACAAGAGGCCCAAUUGGGCCACCAGGAAUCCCAGGAUUCCCUGGGACUAAAGGAGACCCAGGAAGUCCAGGACUGCCUGGCCCAGCUGGGAUUGCAACUAAAGGACUCAAUGGACCAAUGGGCCCACCAGGACUGCCAGGUCCAAGAGGCCAUAAUGGAGAGCCUGGACGUCCAGGGCCCCCAGGGCCUCCAGGCCCACCAGGUCAAACAGUCAUGCCAGAGGGCUUUAUAAAAGCUGGACAAAGGCCAAGCUUAUCAGGGACACCUCUAGUAAGUGCAAAUCAGGGUAUAACAGGAAUGCCCGUGUCAGCUUUCACAGCUAUUCUUUCCAAAGCUUACCCAGCAAUAGGUGCUCCCAUUCCAUUUGACAAAAUCAUUUAUAACAGGCAACAGCAUUAUGAUCCAAGAACUGGAAUUUUUACCUGUAGGACACCAGGUCUAUAUUAUUUCUCCUACCAUGUACAUGUGAAAGGAAAUCAUGUGUGGGUAGGCCUGUAUAAGAAUGGUACUCCCAUAAUGUACACCUAUGAUGAAUAUACAAAAGGAUACUUGGAUCAGGCUUCAGGGAGUACCAUCAUAGAUCUCACAGAAAAUGAUCAAGUAUGGUUACAGCUACCAAAUGCAGAAUCCAAUGGUUUAUAUUCUUCUGAGUAUGUUCACUCAUCUUUCUCAGGAUUUCUAUUUGCUUUAACAUAAAAAUAUCCUGCUGUAGUAAUAUAGUCUACAUUGUCUGCUUGAAAACCGUUUUUAAUGAGAUGUUUUCCUAGAAUACAUUUCCUACUUAUACCAUUAUGUUGCAAAAAUUGACUACUUUUCACAUGUCUGGGAUAGACAAAUUUACCAUUAGAAACAUAAGCUGAAAAAAUAUGUAGUUAAUUAAAUAUGAAGAUCACUCUCAUUUUAAGGAUUUCUCAUCAUUAUGUCUAAGAUAGCCUAAUGUUUUAUCAGAUAUCAUGUGAUGUGAAAUUUCACUCUACCUGUACUGUAAUUCAUUAAAAGGAAGAAACAUAGCCUUACCACAGAAUCAUCUUUUAGAGACAACAAGUUUCUAGAAUGAAAGUGGAUGACUUUACAUAAUAGCUUUUAGGGGAUUCAUUUUAACAUCAGAAACUGCUAUUCAUAUCUUAUAUAUAAAUUCUUAACACCAUACUGAAAUGUAAUUUUGGAAUUUUCAAGCAAAAAGUAUAGCUAAUUUAAGCACACUUAUUUUUUUUUUUUAAAAACAAUGUGUAUAUUCCUUAUCUGUCUAAAAGCAAAUUAAACAAAAACUUCAAAGUUUAAAGGAGGAACACUUUUAAAGUUCACACUGAAACAGUUUUGAACUUCAUAAUAUAUAAAACAACCUGUACAAAUUAUCUUAAAAGUAAAACAUAUACCAACAUCCAAAUCAAAUCUGAAAGGAAAUAGUUGGCCCUUUGAUUGUUUUAAAUAAAAAAAAAAAAAAAUGAGG